AUGCCGUUGCGCUUGAGGUUUCCGACGAAAGAUAAGAAGGGCCACCAGCCGUCUGUCUCGGAAUCUACUCGCCGAACAUCUAGCGAGGAGGAUCGCGCCCGAUAUCAAAUAAGAUGUCCGCAAUGCUCGCAUGCCUGGAUGGGACGCUCUCGAUCCGAUGACCAAGGCCGUGAAUUUGACCCGGUCCUGUCUUCCUUAGGCUUCGACUUUUCUCCGGUUCCAAUUCUUGUCAUUGCGCCUAAUUCGACAAUCGGAAAUGCCAAUAAGAUUGCGGUAACAUUAUUUUCGCACUUGGUAAAAGUGUAUGGGAGCCUAAAUGGGAUUCAUAUUGGGGAGCUUGGUGUAGAAUUCCAGGAGCAAAGAUGGGUAACUCUAGGAAUGGUCAUUGAGAAGCGAAGAGCCCUAUUCCUUGAAUCUUCUGGCACCAAAAUCAGUUCUCCAAUAGACCCUCCAUCCAAAAGGCUAGAAUCUGGAGAAGGUUCGAGUAAUGCGAGUGUCCCAAGCCCGAAAUCAAAGUUCUCACAUAGUUCGGAUCUAAAUCUAGGUGGCUUGGGUCGGAGAGCAGCAGAUGCUCUCAAAGGCAAGGCCAAAUCUUCCAAGGAUGUCGAAUCCGAUGGGAAUACCGAGUCGUUCGAAGUUAUGAUUCGGUUUCCAAAUGGCCAGACACCGCUGUAUCAAGCGAACAACCGGAGGGAAAGCUUCGGGAAGACUGCCAAUCGGCGGCAGGAGGAGCCUGAUAAACAGAAUACAACACUUGUUCCCGCGACUUUGUUCCUAUCAUUUACAGAUAGUGGUAAGGAAGUGUAUACCGUAAUGUCUAUCCUGACCCACGAUAGCAUCAGUGUGGCUGGGAACGCCGCGGCGAAUCAAAAGCGGGAAAAGACUAGAGAGAUGAUAGUUCCGGGCAAUAUAAGCAUGGCCACGGAGUUUGCAUCUCAGGCCGAAAGGGUUCGCGAUUCUGCUCUCGAACACCUAGAUUCUCACUUCAUUGCUAUGAACACUCGAGGUGAUAUUACCAUAACAAAUUCGUCGACGAGAAAAUUCUUUGGUCUGGAGAGUUCAAUGCCUGAUAUUGGUAUCGGUCGGACGACAAGCGAUUGGGUGUCUCGAUUGAAUGUCUACGACACCAAGUUCAGCACCAGCUCGCCAUUUACUGAAUACUUUCACCAUAACCUCCGACGAAAAACAAUUGCCACUAAGGAUAGCUUCGGAGUUUAUGUGAAAGAUAUUCCUAAACUUAUGGAGGUUUCUGGCCUACCAUUGUAUGCGGUUAAUACCCCAUGGGUGAAGGACCUAGACCGUGAACUCGUUGGUUAUCUGACUAUGUUCCGGGAUAUAACAAAACAACGGGAAAUCGAUGCUGCACAGCAACAAGACGAAAGACUAAGAGGCAUUUUCACAAGCGGAGUCGUCUCAGAGCUGAGAACGCCGAUUGCAGGUAUUGUUGGUUUACUCCAACUUCUAGAUGAGACACGAUUAAACCAGGAGCAAACUACCCAUUUGAUGGGUCUUCUACGAUCUGUGAACUUCCUUCUUAUAUCUAUCGACGAUAUUGUUGACUUCUCGUCCUUUGAAAUGCGACAAAGCGUUGUCAGAGCGAAGGCAUUCAAUCUCUUCAAUCUUAUCCACCAUGUUAGCAACCUUGCAUUCCUUACAUUCUCCAAGCGUGAUGUUCAAUUCACGACAGACUUCGAAGGUUUGAAGAGUAUUACGAGAUAUAAAUAUGAGGGUGCCGAAGGCGAUGAAGAACGACCGCUAGACGAACGAAUGGAAUGUGCAAUGAUUGGAGAUGAAUCGAACGCCAGAAGAGUUUUGACUAAUAUUCUGUCAAAUGCAUUUAAGUAUACCUCGGAAGGCUAUGUUAGCCUCAGGGUAUAUGUAGUUUCAACACAGGGUUCUAUCUGCAGGAUCUGCUUUGAAAUAAAAGAUACUGGUAUUGGUAUCUCGGAAGAGGCCGGGAAGUCGAUAUUUAAACCGUUUGCUGAAGAUGAUGAAACCGGACGGAAACCCACUGAUGGUCUCGGUCUUUAUGUAACCCAGAAGAUUGUCAAACAACUUGGUGGAAGCCUCGACUUCUUCAGUACCCUGGGUAUUGGUUCAGUAUUCAAGAUCACGUUCCCUUUCAUAAGAGAUUCGAACGCCAAGCUGCCUGGAACACAGGAAAAAGUGGAAGACCUAUUGCAUGUCACUAGCGCCAUCCUACAAAAGGACUUUGUCGAACGCCGCCGUGUGUCGGAUCCGUUAUCUUUGCGACUACCAGAGUCAGACGGAGAAGAAGAGCCCGCAGCGGAAUCUAAAAAGGAUGGGCCCGCCCCAACACCUACUCCGGGAAUUGUUCCAGAAACUGGUCUGAACCCUUCCUCACUUCCGGAAGUCACUCGUACAGCCCCUUCCCCGCCUACUGAACUGGAAGAUGAGAAGAAAAAGCCGCCGAGUAAUAAGAAGCGGCCCCAAUACUCCCCUGCUCCGACUCGAAAAGAGCCACGUAGGGAAGAUUCAAGGGAAUCUGUGUCAUCUACGAAGACCCCAAGUAAUACUAAAGGGCUCAAAGUUAUGGUCGUUGAGGACAACUGGGCAUUGCAAAAUAUCACCAAGCUUCGGUUAGAGAAAUUGGGCUGCGAAGCCAUAAUUGCACCGAAUGGAAUCGAUGCACUGCGUCUUCUGAGCACGAAAUUGGCAGAACCGGACUUUAUCUUGAUGGAUCUACAGAUGCCGCUGAUGGAUGGAUACGACACAACGAAGAACAUCCGCAGUGCAGCAGAACCUGGACUUAAGGAUUUCCAGUACAUACCUAUCAUUGCGGUUACCGCCUCGACUCUAGAAGAGGAUAAAGAAAAAGCAUUCAAAGUAGGCAUGUCGGAUUACGUCUUCAAACCCCUAGGGAUGAAUGUUUUGAAGGAACUGAUAGCAAAGUAUGGGACUAAGCCGGCGCCGACAAGCAAUGCGGAGGGGAAUACUGGUUUGCAGUCAGAAAAUGCAGCUUCUUAG